GGUAAAAGAUCAAAGAAUGGCAAUAUAAACAACCAAGAACCUGAUGUCCAACUUGUAGAUGUUACUAAUAAUGUAUUAAAUAAUGAUAAAAAAUACUUAAUAGUUAAAUUAGUUAAAGAAGAGCCUGACAUAGCUAAUAUAGAGAAUUUGAGCAAAAGAAAAAAGGAUGAGUCAAUUGUAGAAAAACUCAAUAAAAGAAAAAGACUAUGUAAAAUAAUAGAG